AUGCGUGCCUUGCUGGAGAAGCUUCCGUCGGUGAAGCGAGUGGCCCUGGUGGAUGCCUUGGGCUACGACGGAUCCGAGCAGGCGAAGGGUGCGGAUUGGAGCUCCGUGACCAUCGCGGACACAAAGAUUGCCAAUUUGAUCGAGGGGAGGGUGCGGGAGCAGGCCUACUCACUUGCCCGCACAGGUACCCUUAGCCUGCCAGGCUUCCCGAACUUUGAUGCUUUGACUGCCGGCCUCCGAGAGACUGCGGGGCCGACGAACCUGGAUGCGGCUGACUUCAAGGUCACAAGGCCUCUACCAGACGGCGACCUGGCUUUGGUGGAAAGCUUCUACAAGAAGUUCGAGGGCUUCGACGACAUAUCCGAAGACCUUCGCACUGCUAUGGAGGAGCACGACAAGAAGUACAACCCGCAGAAGAAGCGGGUGCGCGAGGAUGCGGGCACAGAUGAGUCGGAGGACUCUGCGGCUAAGCGGAUCAAGCUCGUGGAGCACGAGGAGCCCCUCACGAGCAAGGACAUCGCCGAACUCCAGAAUCCGUCGGUUCUGAACGUGAGCGGCACUGUUCGCUUCAUCCACGAGAUGGAAAGUGGUGACAAGAUCUGGGCGGAGGUGGACGAGGCGACGACCUUCCUUUCCGGCAAGUUGAUUGCAAGCUUUGGCAGCGGCACCUUCAUGGAUGGCAAAGAUGCCGCGAAGACGCUGGCAGAGAUCGGCAGCGAGGACGACGGCGGGAGACUGUUGAAGUUCCAUUUGGACUUCGACAGCCUGUUGAUCUUGGAGAAGAAGAAAAUCGCGUCGCACCUCGCGGACCUGCCCUAUCUUGAUAAGCCGACGCCGGUGAAAACGCUUCUCAAAGCCAUGGAGGACCAUGGGGAGGCAAAGGUGCAGAUCAGUCACCACGAGGUGAACCUUGCGGAGAACUUGAUUAACGAAAAGGACCUUCUCCUUUUCGUCUUGGACAGCCUCGAAAGAACGGGCAAGAUGAUCAAGAAAUCCAACAAGAAGAAGAAUCAGGCGGUGCCUGCCCUUUCGUGGGGUCGAACACUCGACAUCGCGAAGCUGAAGCAGUGCGAAUCCUUGGGCAUUGCCUGGCACGUCCGGUACGAUCGAGCUGCCGAGGAUUCGUGGGCCCGCCUGAUUCCCUUGCGGCCCGCGCUCGUUCUGAAGGGCCUCUUCGAUGUUGAGCCGGGUGUCUACCAGAUCAUGUAG